CACUCUCUCUCUCUCUCUCUGCCAUUUUUUUUUAUCACUUCGGACAACAACUAAAAAAACACUAACCUAAAGCUAAAGUUCUCGAACUCACAAACACAUUGUCAGUUUUUCGAGACCUUAAAAGCAUUACUCUUUCCUCCUCUCAUUACCUCUCUCUUUCUCUCUCUUAGCUCGGAUCUCUCCGUCAAUGGUGAUGGUCCCGUUUUCUCCCUGAGUUAAUUCGUCUCGAGUCUCUAUUACUGGGGUCUUCUUUCUUUUCUUCGCUUCCUUUACACCAUUCCUCUCUGAGUUCUGUCCGUAAAUAUGGCGGAGACGAUGGCGGCGCCGGCGGCAGAGGCGAAGGCGGUUCCGACGCCGGAGGCGGAGAAGAAGAAGGAACAGAGCUUGCCCUUCUUCAAGCUCUUCUCUUUCGCCGACAGAUAUGAUUAUCUCUUGAUGAUCACUGGUUCUUUAGGCGCCAUUGUUCAUGGCUCCUCCAUGCCCGUCUUCUUCUUGCUCUUUGGUGAAAUGGUCAAUGGAUUCGGCAAAAACCAGAUGGAUUUGCAAAAGAUGACCAACGAAGUCUCCAAAUAUGCUCUGUAUUUUGUCUACCUGGGUCUUGUGGUAUGCUUCUCUUCAUACGCAGAGAUUGCAUGUUGGAUGUACACCGGAGAAAGGCAAGUAGGUACCCUGAGGAAGAAGUACCUCGAAGCUGUUCUGAAACAAGAUGUCGGAUUCUUCGACACCGAUGCAAGAACCGGAGAUAUCGUCUUCAGUGUCUCCACAGACACUCUCCUUGUCCAAGACGCCAUUAGCGAGAAGGUUGGCAAUUUCAUACACUACUUGUCAACAUUUCUGGCGGGAUUAGUGGUCGGUUUUGUGUCCGCAUGGAGAUUGGCUUUGUUGAGCGUUGCGGUGAUACCCGGAAUCGCUUUCGCCGGCGGUUUGUACGCUUAUACUCUCACCGGAAUCACGUCAAAGAGCCGAGAAUCGUAUGCCAACGCCGGCGUUAUCGCCGAGCAGGCAAUUGCUCAAGUACGAACUGUCUACUCGUAUGUCGGGGAGAGCAAGGCCCUGAGUUUAUACUCCGAUGCGAUCCAAUACACGCUGAAGCUCGGGUAUAAGGCCGGAAUGGCGAAAGGCUUGGGUUUGGGAUGCACAUAUGGGAUAGCAUGUAUGUCGUGGGCUCUUGUGUUUUGGUACGCCGGGGUAUUCAUCAGGAAUGGACAGACUGAUGGAGGGAAGGCAUUCACUGCCAUAUUUUCCGCCAUUGUUGGUGGAAUGAGCUUGGGGCAAUCUUUCUCGAAUCUCGGGGCUUUUAGCAAAGGAAAGGCGGCUGGUUACAAAUUGAUGGAGAUAAUCAACCAAAGGCCCUCGAUAAUCCAAGACCCGUUGGACGGGAAAUGCUUGGAUGAAGUUCGUGGGAAUAUCGAGUUCAAAGAUGUAACCUUUAGCUAUCCUUCAAGGCCUGAUGUUAUCAUAUUCAGGAAUUUCUCUAUUUUCUUCCCUGCUGGGAAGACUGUGGCUGUGGUUGGCGGCAGCGGUUCUGGCAAGAGUACUGUUGUCUCCCUCAUCGAAAGAUUCUAUGACCCUAACAACGGGCAAAUUUUACUGGACAGUGUCGAUAUAAAGACUCUUCAAUUGAAAUUUCUGCGUGAUCAGAUCGGGCUUGUGAAUCAAGAACCAGCUCUCUUUGCUACCACGAUACUCGAGAACAUACUCUAUGGAAAGCCUGAUGCUACAAUGGCUGAGGUUGAAGCUGCUGCUUCUGCUGCAAAUGCACACAGCUUCAUUACCUUACUUCCCAAUGGCUACAACACUCAGGUUGGAGAACGAGGCAUUCAACUAUCAGGUGGUCAGAAACAGAGAAUCGCAAUCGCUAGGGCAAUGUUGAAAGACCCAAAGAUUCUACUUCUAGAUGAAGCCACCAGUGCUCUGGAUGCUGGCUCUGAAAGCAUUGUUCAGGAAGCAUUAGAUCGGCUCAUGGUGGGUAGAACCACUGUUGUGGUUGCUCAUCGCCUUUGCACCAUAAGGAACGUUGAUUCAAUCGCGGUUAUACAACAAGGACAAGUCGUUGAAACUGGCACCCAUGAAGAACUCAUUGCAAAGGCUGGAGCAUAUGCUUCUCUCAUCAGAUUUCAAGAAAUGGUGGGCACCCGAGAUUUGUCAAACCCGUCAACACGUCGAUCCCGCUCAACCCGUUUGAGCUUCUCCCUCUCCACGAAAUCACUCAGCCUUAGAUCAGGAAGUCUGAGAAAUCUGAGCUAUUCUUACAGCACAGGAGCUGAUGGCCGGAUUGAGAUGGUUUCGAACGCCGAAUCGGACAGAAAAACUCGUGCACCAGAUGGCUACUUCUGCCGGCUUCUCAAGCUAAAUGCCCCGGAAUGGCCUUACUCGAUCAUGGGAGCUGUUGGUUCAGUCCUUUCUGGUUUCAUCGGUCCAACCUUUGCUAUUGUGAUGAGCAAUAUGAUUGAGGUGUUCUAUUACAGAAACUAUGAUUCCAUGGAAAGAAAGACUAAGGAGUAUGUUUUCAUUUACAUCGGUGCUGGUCUCUAUGCCGUGGUUGCAUAUUUGAUCCAACAUUACUUCUUCAGCAUUAUGGGAGAAAACCUCACCACAAGAGUUAGAAGAAUGAUGCUAUCAGCCAUUCUGAGGAACGAGGUAGGAUGGUUUGAUGAGGAGGAACACAACUCGAGCCUUGUUGCUGCCCGGUUGGCCACGGAUGCAGCCGACGUGAAAUCUGCAAUGGCCGAGAGAAUCUCGGUGAUUCUGCAGAACAUGACUUCACUUCUCACAUCCUUCAUUGUCGCUUUCAUAGUGGAAUGGAGAGUUUCUCUUCUCAUCCUGGCUACAUUCCCUCUUCUAGUCCUCGCCAACUUUGCUCAGCAACUAUCUCUCAAAGGAUUUGCCGGAGACACGGCCAAGGCUCAUGCAAAGACUUCAAUGAUAGCAGGUGAAGGAGUCAGCAACAUUAGAACCGUUGCAGCUUUCAAUGCUCAGGACAAGAUCCUGUCUUUGUUCUGUCAUGAGCUUCAUGUCCCUCAGAAAAGAAGCCUGCGUCGUAGCCAAACCUCGGGUUUCCUCUUCGGCCUCUCCCAGCUUGCUCUCUAUGGAUCCGAGGCUCUUAUCCUCUGGUACGGUGCCCACCUCGUGGGCAAAGGGGCCUCGACCUUCUCCAAAGUGAUCAAGGUGUUUGUUGUUUUGGUCAUCACUGCAAACUCGGUUGCUGAAACCGUCAGUCUUGCUCCUGAAAUCAUCCGCGGAGGUGAAGCAGUAGGUUCGGUUUUCUCUAUCUUAGACCGGCAAACCAGGAUUGACCCUGAUGAUCCCGAUGCUGACCCGGUUGAGACAAUCCGUGGAGAAAUCGAAUUCAGACAUGUCGACUUUGCUUACCCGUCAAGGCCUGACGUGAUGGUGUUCAAAGACUUCAACCUCAGGAUCCGAGCUGGGCAGAGUCAGGCACUUGUUGGGGCAAGCGGGUCAGGGAAAAGUUCCGUGAUUGCAUUGAUAGAGCGUUUCUACGACCCUCUAGCCGGGAAAGUGAUGAUCGACGGGAAAGAUAUCCGGAGGCUAAACCUCAAGUCUCUGAGGCUCAAGAUAGGUCUAGUCCAACAAGAACCUGCCCUGUUCGCAGCAACCAUCUUUGACAACAUCGCAUAUGGGAAGGACGGAGCAACAGAAGCCGAGGUCAUUGAAGCAGCACGAGCAGCCAACGCUCACGGUUUCAUCAGCGGAUUACCCGACGGUUACAAAACUCCGGUGGGCGAAAGAGGAGUACAGUUAUCUGGUGGGCAGAAACAGAGGAUCGCUAUUGCAAGAGCCGUGCUCAAGAACCCUACAGUCUUGCUACUAGACGAGGCAACGAGUGCGUUGGACGCAGAGUCGGAAUGCGUGCUACAAGAGGCUCUAGAGAGGCUCAUGAGGGGCCGGACCACUGUGGUAGUGGCUCACCGACUCUCCACGAUAAGAGGGGUAGAUUGCAUCGGCGUGAUCCAAGACGGGAGGAUCGUCGAGCAAGGCAGCCACUCCGAGCUCGUUAGCCGGCCCGAGGGAGCGUAUUCGAGGCUUUUGCAGCUUCAAAACCAUAGGAUUUGAAGCUUUGCUUUGAAUUGCAGGGUUUGGGUUAUGGAAUCUCUGGUUUGAUUCUUCCUUGGAUUCUCAGGUUCUAACAGUAAUGUAAUUUUUCUCCGGACUUUAUUAUGGAUUCUAUGGACAAUGGAUCGAUAAUGAUGAUGAUGAUGAUGAUGAUGUGAAAUAGGUGUAGAUAUUGAAGCUUUGAGUGUUGGAGAUUCUCAUGGUUUUUGCAGAAGAAGAUUAUGUGAUAUGAGAAGAUACUAUAUAUUUGUUGUAUAAUGGGUUAUAAUUUUC